AUUCAUAGUUCCUGUGUUUCAGGGUGCCAACAUAUUGGACUACUUUAUUUUUGGCAAUGAUAGAAUUUAAAGGAUGGGACAUACACUGUUCUAAAUGUUAGCCCAAGAACCAAAGGACUCAAGAAAAAGGGAAACAAGUCCUGAACUCUAGGAACUGAGAACCUUGAUCACUCAUUGGACACAGAUCAUGUCAAUCAUCACUCUCAGCAAAUGAUCUUACAGCUCGUGAGAAAGAGGUGAUCCUUUGUUGACACCUGUAAUCUCUGCCCCCAUCAACGGACAUUCUGAAUCUUUCCCAUCUUUUCUGCCAUCAUCGCUGUGCCCAGAAGGGGUAAGUCACUCCUUGGUCUGCCCUCCGGCUCUUGUGGGGCCUCUACAGGAGCAGUCUCAGGCUGCUAUUCCCUGUGCGAACACCUUCUCUAGUGCCCCCACCACGUCCCAGCAUGCCCCGCGCCCAAAAUCCUCCCCUCCAUACCUCCGUCAUACAUUCACCUUAGGUGGCAGCCAUUUUCAUAGCCAUCAUCUUUGACACCAGAUCUCAUUACGUAACUAGUGUGUCUCACCUGUCAUGUCUGAGACAACUAAAGGGCGAGAACCAGCCUUAGGGGGCCACAAUGGAGCUGGAAGAUGGGUGAAUCCAGAUCAGGAAUACAUGGAAGAUGGUUUAGUGCCUGAAGAAUGGGUAGACAUAGCUGCCGGAUUUGUGGCACCAAUGGCUUUUCAAGCAGAGAUGCAAGCCAUUUGGGAGGAGGAGGAGGAGGAGGACGACGACGACGACGACGAAGAAGAAGAGGAGGAGGCCUGGCCAGAUGUUGAGGAUGUUGAGAGGGAUGUACAGCUGAUGGAAGAGGAAGAAGAAAACAUCGAAGAGGGAGAAGACAAUGAGGAGGAGGGAAAGGAGAAGGAAGAAGAAGAUAGCCAUGAAGAGUGGGUACACACUGAGGACAAUGAUGAGGAAAAUGAUCAGGAAAUGGAAGAAGUCGCAGUUGUUGUAGCUGAAUAUAAGUAUGGCGACUCUGAUGAUGAGGCUCAAGAAGCAGAAUGUGAAAAAGAGAAAGAUGAGGAUGACAAUGAAAAACUGGAAGAAGAUCCUAACAAUAAUUCAGAACCAGCUGAAAGCAGCCCCUAGA